CGAGUGUCCAGGUCUACAUUCAUACCCCCUGACUACUCAUUUUAUUUCAGGCAGGGCUUUAUAUUCCAAAGUGUAUUUACACUGGGAAACUCUUUGUCUAGCUGAAGGUUUUUAGAUAUCCUUUUGAGCCUUGUGAUAUUUGUGAUCAUUUUGCGUAUAUAUCUACCCCGCAAUUGUCACCAUGUCCGCUUCUCUGCCUUCAGAUCUGCCCCCGAGGGAUGUUGACCGCGAUUCCGUUUCCUCUGGUGAUUCCGAUGUUAGUGAUGAAGAAGGCUGGGAGGAUGUUGAGCCCGAUGAUGAAACGCAACCCGUGGUCGGACUCUUCUCCGACAAAAUAUAUCCCGAUGCUCGGUCUAUGCUCAAAGAAAGCAAGGACAAGCACAAUUUUGAUAUACGGAGGAUCCAGAAGGAGUUCGACCUGGACUUCUUGGAGACCAUCAAAUUAGUUAACUACGUUCGCUCCCAGGUUAAAUCUGGAAAUAUGACUCCCGACGUUUCCUCCAAAGACAAGUUUGAAGACGAGAUCUACCUAAAGCCAGUUCUUGAGGACGAUGCGCUUUUGUACAGCUUGGACGAUAUCGAAGAGGGUGAAUUAGAAACCACAAGCGGCACAGAAGCUGACAGACGCGUGAUUGAGCUCCAGGAGGAUCUAGAGCGCCUACAAAGUCAAUUUUCGGAAUAUAGACUGGCGGUGCAAAAAUCAUUGGAGGAACAGUUGACGAAGGAGGACGAGAAGCUUGCUCCCGUUGAGCAGUCUGCGAAACGCGCUACCAAGAUUGAGGAAAUUGAUUCGGACUACUUCACCUCCUACGCGUACAAUGGGAUUCACGAGUCCAUGCUCAAGGACGCGAUUCGUACCGACUCGUACCGCGACUUUAUUUAUGAUAACAAGCAUAUCUUCAAAGACAAAGUCGUCCUGGAUGUUGGCUGUGGCACCGGGAUUUUAUCUAUGUUCUGUGCUAAAGCUGGCGCUAAGAAGGUGAUUUCGGUUGAUAAUUCGAAUAUCAUCGACCGUGCCAAAGAGAUCAUCUACGAGAACGGAUUUGGCGAUGUUAUCACGUGUAUCCGGGGUAAGAUCGAGGAAGUCACGUUGCCUGUUAAGCAGGUUGAUAUCAUUGUUUCUGAGUGGAUGGGCUAUGGUCUCUUGUUCGAAGCCAUGUUUGAUUCGGUCAUCUAUGCCAGGGACCGCUAUCUCGCCCCCGACGGACUCAUGGCCCCAUCGCAUGCUACACUUCGUGUUGCUCCGUUUGCUGAUUCUGAUUUCGUCGCGUCGCAUAUUGGAUUCUGGCACAAUGUCUACGGCUUUAAUAUGAAGAGCAUGCUUACCGGUAUUUAUGACGAAGCCCUCGUGAGGACUGUGCCACCUUCUACAAUCCCCGCGGAAUCGGAAAUUUUCCUCACGCUCCCAUUGCAUACCAUCACCGUUCAGGAACUAUCUUUCUUGAAAGAGUUUGAGGUCACCAUGAAAGAGGACGUCGACUCACUGGAUGGCUGGGCUAUCUGGUUUGAUAUCUUCUUCAUGCCAUCCAGGGACUCUGCCAUUCCAGAUAACGCCAUCCCUUCGGAAAUGCAGAAGAAGGGGGUUGUAGCUUUUACUACGGGUCCGGAUGGAAAGGAGACUCACUGGCAACAAACUAUUCUCCUGAUUGACCACGGCAAGAAGAAACCUGUCGCUUUGAAAAAGGGACAGACGAUUAAGGGCAAGGUCGGUUAUCAGAAGAAGGAGAAGGAUGAAAAAUCUCGAUCCCUGGAUAUCACCCUGGAAUGGGAUGUGCAACAGGGUGAGAAGGGUGCUCAGCAAUGGGCGUUGCAGUAAUUUAUAGACCCCAAAUCAAAAGUUUUUGCUUCUUGUUCCCUCAUCUGCUUCAAG